AUGUCGUUUGGUAUACCACUUUCCCAGUUAAUAGUAGAAAGUCCAAAGCCGUUAAGUAGCGGCAUCACAGGAUUAGAUGAGAUAUUAAACCUCGGAUUCCAGGCAAGAUCGAUCUAUGAAAUAUUUGGGCCUCCAGGGAUCGGCAAGACUAAUUUUGGGAUUCAAUUAGUGUGCAAUUCAUUGGAAAAUAUGCAACAAUCGGAAAUGAACGAGGAUAAAAUUCUAUGGAUAGAGACCUUCCAGGAAAUGCCCAUAAACAUAUUAAGAGAACGAUUUCCAGAAUUUGAAAUCGUGGAGGAAAAUGUGAAGCGUGUCCGAAUACUGAAGUUUGGACAACUGUUAUAUUUCUUCCAGAAUUUGUUCAAAUUAUCUCAAAGUGCGCGGUAUAAACUAGUUAUAAUUGAUGGGUUUUCUCAAUUACUUUGUGAUCAUUUGUGUACACUCAGUAAAAGAAGCGGCGGGAUGCUAGAUAAAACUAUACAUGAGUUAAAAUGCCGGCACUUGAUAUUGAUUUUUACGGUGAUGACUAAAUAUACACAUUCCACGGGUUCGACGAUAAUACUUUUGAAUGACUGUAUGAACACUGCCUUCCAGUCAAAUGAAUUUGAAUCCUUGGAAGAAUACUACGAAAUUCUAGAAGACGGAUCUAACUUCUUUGUCAAUUCUAACAAUGAAAGGCGUAAGAACAAUGUACAUAUAUUGAAAAGUGCACUUGUUGCCAAUAUUGCUAUGGGAAGCAAGGAUUCCACGUGGGAAGUAUUUCUAAGAGAUAGGAUCGGUUUCUUUAGAGACUGGAAUGAGCAGGUGGAUGAAACGAUAUUUGUGAAAAGCAAAAGAGUAAAGACGCCAUCCUCGCAAAAUAACGAGGGAUGUACCACGAUCAAAGAAAUGAGAAUAAACAAAAGGAAUUUCGAAAACUUGAGAGUAGCUAUUGUUUUUAAUUUACACGGCGAAGACAGAAAAAGAGGAGGGGGGAACUUGAAACGGACAAGAAGUAGUGACGAUCGUAACCAUAUUGUCAAAUUUGAUUUUGAUAAAGCAACAGGUCAAUUCCGCGACAUAAAUGAUCAAAAACCUAGUGCAGCUAAUAUUGGCUCACUUCCAACAUUAUCAACGAGCAGCAGCAGCUGCUCACAACUGUUUGAUAAUGUUGACUCCGAUGAUAAUCUAUUACCAAAUCUGGAGGGAAAGGAGGAGAUAAUUUAUGAUAGUGAAGGUUAA